UGAGGAGUGCGGGCGUGGCCCUAGCCCAGGCCGCACUGCUUACCUGCUGUGUAGUGGGCCUUGCUCCGAAUGUCUUCCCCUCCUCUUUCCUGCCCUUUGCGUUGGAGGGUGACGGGGCACACGGCCUAUAGCAGCUGUUGUCUCUGCACCCCGAAUCCGACCCCUCACAUAAGCCUUUCAGGUUGUCCCCUAGGCUCUGCUGGCGCCCUUGGCGAUGCGGCAUGGGCGCUGUGUCAUUGCUGCUUUGGAUCUGUUAAGCACCACUUUUCGGAGAAGCCUAUAGGAAGCCAGUGAUCCACCUCUCGUGGAUGAUUAUUGGAGACACGGAGCCUGGAGUCCUUUGGCCUGGACACGGUUGCUGGCUGUGACCGCAGCACCCUCCUCCAAAGCCUUCGACGGCACAUUUUGCAUCCAGAACUCCGGGGGCAUCCUCACCACCUGCUUCUCUGUGCUGUGAAAAACCAUCCAGGCCUGCAGGGCUGAGCCCCGCCAUGGAGGACGGCCGCGAGCUGGACCUCACCUACAUCACCGAGCGCAUCAUUGCCGUGUCCUUCCCCGCGGGCUGCUCCGAGGAGUCGUACCUGCACAACCUGCAGGAGGUGACGCGCAUGCUGCGGUCCAAGCAUGGGGACAAUUACCUGGUGUUAAACCUUUCGGAAAAGAGAUAUGACCUUACAAAGCUUAACCCAAAGAUUCUGGACGUGGGCUGGCCGGAGCUGCACGCGCCGCCCCUGGAUAAGGUGUGUACCAUCUGCAAGGCGCAGGAGGCCUGGCUGAACAGCGACGCCCACAACGUGGUCGUCAUUCACUGCAGGGGCGGAAAGGGACGCAUCGGCGUGGUCAUAUCGUCUUACAUGCACUUCACCAAUGUCUCGGCCAGUGCUGACCAAGCCCUCGACAGAUUUGCAAUGAAGAAAUUUUAUGACGAUAAACUUUCAGCUUUAAUGCAGCCGUCCCAGAAACGGUACGUGCAGUUCCUCAGCGGGCUCCUGUCAGGGACGGUGAAGAUGAAUGCCUCGCCCCUGUUCCUGCAUUUCGUCAUCCUGCACGGGACCCCCAACUUCGACUCUGGCGGAGCGUGCCGGCCCUUUCUCAAGCUCUACCAAGCCAUGCAGCCUAUGUACACGUCGGGGAUCUACAACGUCGGCCCAGAAAACCAAAGCAGGAUCUAUAUCGCCAUAGAGCCGGCCCAGCUCCUGAAAGGGGACAUCAUGGUGAAGUGCUACCACAAGAAGUACCGCUCGGCCACCCGAGAUGUCAUUUUCCGCCUGCAGUUUCACACCGGGGCUGUUCAGGGCUAUGGACUUGUGUUUGCAAAGGAGGAUUUGGACAACGCCAGCAAAGAUGACCGUUUUCCUGAUGAUGGAAAGAUUGAAUUAGUCUUCUCAGCCACUCCUGAGAAGAUUCAAGGGUGUGAACAUUUGCAAAACGACCACGGGGUGAUCGUGGACUUCAACACGGCAGACCCGCUGAUCCGCUGGGACUCGUACGAGAACCUGAGUGCAGACGGUGAAGUGCUGCACACGCAGGGCCCUGUCGACGGCAGCCUUUAUGCCAAGGUGAGAAAGAAGAGCGCCUCGGAUCCCAGUGUCCCAGGUGGGUCCCCCACUGUCCCGGCCGCCAGCAGCCCAGACCACAGCGACCACACCCUGUCUGUCAGCAGUGACUCCGGCCACUCCACGGCCUCGGUGAGGACCGACAGGACCGAGGAGCACCUGGCUCCGGGACCCAAGAGGGGCCUGAGCCCCCAGGAGAAGGCUGAGCUGGAUCAGCUGCUCAGUGGCUUUGGUCUGGAAGAUUCUGGAAGCCCCCUCAAGGACAUGAGUGAUGCUUGCAGCAAGUACAGCGGGACCCGCCAUGUCGUACCGGCCCAGGUCCACGUGAACGGAGACAGCAGCCCCAAGGACCGAGAGACGGACAUCCUGGACGACGAGAUGCCCAGCCACGACCUGCAGAGUGUGGACAGCAUCGGGACCCUCUCCUCCUCCGAGGGCCACCAGUCAGCCCACCUGGGCCCCUUCACCUGCCACCAGAGCAGCCAGAACUCCCUCCUGUCUGAUGGAUUCAGCAGCACUGCUGGCGAAGAUCAGCACGGCGCUCUUGCCCCGGACCUGGGCCUCGCCGUGGAGCCCCCGUACGAGCGGGAACGGGCUUUCGGGAGCCGCGAGCCCAAGCAGCUGCAGCCUGUGCUCAGGAAGCCCUCCGUGCCCGCCCAGACGCAGGCCUACGGGCAGAGCAGCUACUCCACGCAGACUUGGGUGCGCCAGCAGCAGAUGGUGGCCGCUCACCAGUACAGCUUCACCCCCGACGGGGAGGCCAGGCUCGGCGGCCGCGGCACGGCUGACGGUUCCGGCCUGGCGCAGACCCAGCCUAGGGUCCCGCUCACCCCUACCCGGGGGUCCAGCAGCAGAGUGGCCGUCCAGAGGGGCACAGGCCCCGGGCCACAUCCCCCCGACACGCAGAGACCCCCUCCCGGCAAAGCAGCGCUCAAACCCAGGAUUCCAGAUGUCAGAGUCGUGAAUGGUACUGGCCCGGAGCUGAGCACAGACCCUUCCCCUGGCUCACCCACCUUGGACAUCGACCAGUCCAUCGAGCAGCUCAAUAGGCUGAUCUUGGAGCUGGACCCCACCUUUGAGCCCAUCCCCACCCACGUGAACGUGCUGGGCAGCCAGGCCAACGGCCCCGCAGCCCCAGACGGUGUGGGAGGUGGGCUGCGGGCGAGCGGCCGCCUGCAGGACUCGGGAGAAGGCCCUGGCAGGGCCCCCACGAGGCAAGGUGACGAGCCGCUGGGCGGAAGAUUCCGGAAGCUGAGCCUCGAACAGUAUGACAACGACGCCGGGGGGCAGCCGGCCUUCUCCAGAUGCGGCUGGGGAAAGACCACCAGUGCCGAGCAGGCCCCGAGCCUGGCGCCUUUUCUCUCUUCAGACAACGCCAAAGAGGCCGUGAUCACCACGUAUCCCCCAGACCUGGGUGUGAUCGACGGCAGGAUCUUCUCUCCAACCAGCAGUGGCAGCGAGUCCAUCUCUCCCACACCAGCAUUUCCUGUGUCUCCAGAAACGCCAUAUGUGACAAGAAGCCCACGUUAUCCUCCGUUCAGCCCAUCGGGGCCGCAGGUGGGCAGCCCCAGCGGUCUGUACAAAGGAGCUCCUGAGCCACGAGGCUGCCCUGAGAUCCUCGGUCACUCUGUGGGGAUGUCAGAGAGCCCUGCUGGACCCAAACCUGCGAUGCUCCGGGCCGACGUGCCCACGGCGCCCUCCUUCCAGCGGGCGUUCGCGGCCUCCUGCACGAUUUCUGGCCACAGCCCCAGCCAGCGGAGGGGGAGCCCUUCCUCGGCCGAGCACCAGUGGCUGGAGACCAGCCCCAGGUCCGCAGUGACCCUGCUGGGGAGCAGCCGGCCCGGCAAGGACGGCCCCGGGCGGCCCCACUUCCCGCCAGCCGACCUCCAGACGUCCUUCCACGGCCACGAGCUGUCCCUGGCGGAGCCGCCGGAAGCUCUGGGCCCCCCAGGCAGCCAGGCCUUCCUGAGCUUCGGCACUGCCCCUGAAGGAGGUGGGCUCCCCCCCGGCGAGGACCCGGGGGCCCUGCUGGCCAAUUCCCACGGAGGAGCGUCCCAGGCCCCCGGCACCCCGCGGACAGCAGCCGAGGCUGCCGACGACGGCUUCCUGUCCCACGGCUUUCUCACGGUGGCACCUGGACAGAGCGGCCACCACAGCCCCGUCCUGCAGGGCCCGGGGCUGACCCUGCCCGGGCAGCCGCCCCUCCCCGAGAAGAAGCGGGCCUCGGAGGGAGACCGUUCUUUCGGCUCGGUCUCGCCGGCCUCCAGCGGCUUCUCCAGCCCUCACAGCGGAAGCGCCAUGAGCAUCCCUUUCCCAAACAUCCUCCCCGACUUCUCCAAGGCUGCGGAGGGAGCGCCUUCCCCAGAUAAUCCAGGUGAUAAGCACGUGUCCGUGAACUUUGUCCAAGACACAUCCAAGUUCUGGUACAAGGCAGAUAUCUCCAGAGAGCAAGCCAUCGCCAUGCUGAAGGACAAGGAACCCGGGUCAUUUAUCGUCAGGGACAGCCACUCCUUCCGAGGCGCCUAUGGCCUGGCCAUGAAGGUGGCCACGCCCCCGCCCUCCGUCUUGCAGCUGAACAAGAAAGCUGGAGAUUUGGCCAAUGAACUCGUUCGGCAUUUUUUGAUCGAGUGCACCCCAAAAGGGGUGCGGUUGAAAGGCUGCUCCAAUGAGCCGUACUUUGGAAGCCUGACGGCGUUGGUGUGUCAGCAUUCCAUCACGCCCUUGGCCUUGCCCUGCAAACUGCUCAUUCCGGAUAGAGACCCGUUGGAGGAAAGAGCCGAAAGUUCUCCGCAAACGGCGGCCAACUCCGCGGCCGAGCUGCUGAAGCAGGGGGCAGCUUGCAACGUGUGGUAUCUGAACUCCGUGGAGAUGGAGUCCCUCACGGGCCACCAAGCCAUCCAGAAGGCCCUGAGCAUCACCCUGGUCCAAGAGCCGCCUCCUCUGUCCACGGUCGUGCAUUUCAAGGUGUCAGCCCAGGGCAUCACCCUGACGGACAACCAGAGGAAGCUCUUCUUUCGGAGGCACUACCCUGUGAGUAGCGUGAUCUUCUGUGCGUUGGAUCCACAAGACAGGAAGUGGAUCACAGACGGCCCUUGCUCGAGAGUCUUUGGAUUUGUGGCCCGGAAGCAGGGCAGCGCCACCGACAACGUGUGCCACCUGUUUGCAGAGCAUGACCCCGAGCAGCCGGCCAGCGCCAUCGUCAACUUCGUGUCCAAGGUCAUGAUCGGCUCCCCUAAGAGGAUCUGAGCCCCCGCAGCCUGGACACUCCAGAAGGGCCUAUGUGACCCUGACGUUCCAGGCCCAGGAGGGAAAGGGGCUCCUCCAACCUUACAAACACACAACCCUGCCACCAGCUGGCCUUAGCUGAGAGCCACCGCUCACGGACGCAUUUCUGUAGCCCAGUGCUUUCCAGGUGGGGGAAGUCGGGCAUCGGGUGUGCCCGCCCGGUCCCCAUGCAGGAAAGGACCACGCAAGGAGAUGUGGGCACCCGUGUUCCUCGAACUCCGGUGUUUGUGGGGAGGAGGGGAGCCCGCCCGCUCCUUAGAGGCCCCGAGUGACCGGCUGUGCCUCGCCGCUGCCACGUCAGAGGGCUCCUGUCCAGCGGGCUCCUCAGGGCCUCUGUCCUCCCACGGCAGAGGUGCUGAUUAAUCUGGGACGCGGGGGCCUGUUGGACGAAGGUUCAUGCGGGUCAGGCUCUCCCGGGGCACUGGGGCCUCAUGGACGAGGGGACGAUGUGGUAGGCGGUGAGGACGAGGGAGGGGACGCGGUCACUGUGAGGCCAGAGCCUGAGCGUGGGGACGGCCCCCCGCCUCUGCUCUGACCACAUACCUCGUCUGCAUGGCACCCUGGGCCGUGAGAGGGGAAGCUGAGGAGAUAGGAGGAACCCCCAUUUCCAUGUAAUUUAUAGUUUACUGAAUGCCAAGUUAUUUAUGAUAACAGUUUGCCAUUGCUGUGCUGUACUGGUGUCCAAAUGCUGCCGCCUGCCGAGCCGGGGCUCCGGGAGGGGCAUCUGUCCCCGUGUCGGAUGCACCAAGACGGGUGGCGCGGACUCCGCUGGCCGCUCCGUGGGCCGUCGUUGCCCGCGGGCGGCUGCCGAAAGCCGGCUUUGCCUCCAGCAGCCUUCCCGAACGCUUGACCGUCCGUGUGGCAUUUCCGGGCUGUGGAUACACCCUUGCUUGGGGGGAAGGUCCUGAGGGGUGGGACACGCUUCCUUUGAGGCUCAGCCCUCCCCCACAUCGCCGUCCUCGGCCAUCCGGGGGCCUGGGAGAGAUCACCCCGAGAACCGCCAGCCUGAGGGAGCCCUUGUCUGUCCCCACCCCGCCUGCUGGCUCCUGUUGGGACCCGUGUGUUCUGGCACCCGAGCAGGGGGAGGAGGGGGAGGCGCCUCAGUCCUUCCACGCUGUUUUUCAGCUCUUCUGCAUCAUCUUAGCCACCUAAUCGGCUGUGCUCUCGAAGCUGACGUGCAUAUUGCAGAGCCGUGGUCUGUCCACCUGAAUCCGUCAGUGGUCAGAGGUUUGGGAGAAGAAGCCAACGGUCCCGCGAGGUCCCAGAGCAAGAGGCCCCGGUCUCCUUCCCCGUCGCCCAAGACACUUGCACCAUGGCUCUCCAUGUCCUGUGAACUGCCCAUCUCCUCCCUCCACCUCCCCAAUCAAGCACCAGCUCUUCAAACACCAGGAAUCGCUGUGGCGGUCACCGCACUGGCGUUUGGAAACGUGCUUUGUGGAUUCUGUUUUCAGGUGGGGCAGAGACAGACUCGGCGACAGCAGAGGCGGGACUGGCCGAGUCGCAGUGGGCGUUGUAC